CUAGAGGUGAUACUGGACACCGGGUCAUCAUCAUAACGAACCCUAACCCGUGAGUGUAUAGACUUGAAUCAAAACAGUCUUUUCUCUUCUCUCCCGCUUUCCCCUUUCAAUUGGCUCUUUUCAUUCUCCUCUGCGUUUCCUUCAAUCCCUAGAUUUCGUCUAAUCUCACUCCACAAUGAAACUCGUCAGGUUUUUGAUGAAGCUAAACAACGAGACUGUUUCAAUUGAGCUCAAGAACGGAACUAUUGUUCAUGGAACCAUCACAGGUGUUGACAUUAGUAUGAAUACUCAUCUUAAGACAGUGAAACUAACACUGAGGGGGAAAAACCCAGUUACUUUGGAUCAUCUCAGUGUGAGGGGUAACAAUAUCCGAUACUAUAUUCUUCCUGACAGCUUAAAUCUUGAGACGUUGCUGGUUGAAGAGACACCUAGGGUCAAACCUAAGAAGCCAACUGCAGGAAAGCCUAUGGGACGUGGCCGGGGACGAGGACGCGGUCGUGGACGUGGAGGUGGUGGCGGAGGAGGAGGCGGAGGCGGAGGUGGAGGAAGAGGCCGCUAGAUGGGCUGAACCCACUCUAAAUGUUUUUGCUUCAUCUGGUUAUUAUGUAAACACCUAUGUUGUAAGGAGAAUUUGUUGGUAAAUUUGGGAAACUGAAGAGAAUGCUAUUUGCUAUUUUCCUCUUUCUUUGUCUCAGAGGCUGACUUGGGGAUUUAGAGCUUUUUAAUCCUUGGAUUACACUCUCAUCGUGCUAGCAGAAAAUUAGGAAUCAAUGAGUUUACUUAGUUUGUCAGUAUUCUUGUCCUCAAUUACGCUGUAAUGGUGUUUAUUAUGUGUUUCAGAUGGUUAGAAAUACAGUCUCAAUGCUUUAA